AUGUCUUCUGAUUCCUCUGAUCCUCUUUACUGGUUGCAUGUUGACUUAAGUCUGAAAGAAGACAAAGUGUUGUUUAGUAGAGCCCAAAAACUUUUUGCCAUGAUUUUUGCUUUUGGUCAAACCACCAUAUCCGUAAUAACCGGGUUGUAUAAUAAUCUCUUCAAAAUCAGAGCUGGUGUCUGCUUACUACUUGUCAUCCAACUUGUUGUUGCUGGUCUCAUCUCUAUACUUCUGGACGAACUUUUGCAGAAAGGAUAUGCAUUCAGUUUAACCACCGUCAAUACUGGUCAAGGUUUUAAAUUUAAGGGUGCCAUAAUCUCUUUAUUCCAUUUGCUUUUCACCUACAACAAUAAAACCUGUGCAUUGAAGGAAUCAUUUUACAGAACCAAUUUGCCCAAUGUCAUGAAUCUUCUGGCCACUAUGAUAUGUGGCACAUACCUGAUUAAACUUUUCUAUAUAUCGAACAUGCCAAUCAUACUUCAAUCUGCUCUUACCAUCAAUGUUUUCUUGAUUUCGCAAAUGUUAUACACCUGGUUUCUGAAAAAUAUCUUCGUUUAUUUUCUUGAUGUUUGGACUCCGCAUGAAGGCUCAUCACAGCUAUUCGUGUCAGAGGAUG